AUGGCGGUAUCUCUGAGUCACUACGCUGUAGAUCUUGAGGAUAAUAUCGCCUUUCCUGAUAUCGCUCAUGUACCUAUCCUUCCCCCGCAUGAGAAAAAAAACUGGUACAUUCUCACCGAGAUUGUAUCAGACGAGACUGUCUUUCGACCAACAUUUCGAGUAGAGGAUAAACUUGCGGGACAUUAUUGGGUAGUCGCCUUUUACACAGAGAAUCCAGCCGCAGACGCCAAGGAAUGCAAAGUGGGACACAUGAUUUGCAUCAAGGACGGGAUACCCAAGCAGUUCCUUGACGGACGAUAUGGGUAUAAAAUCAAGGAUCCCUGGGACGUAGUGAUUCUGCCUUGCGGUCUUGCAAACCUCCGAGAGCUAAAUGUGGAACUGCGUAAGCGCUCAGACGACGGGCUUUUCUUUUCAUGCGUAGUUUGCAACUCCCAGAAAGAGAGCUUAGGAUGUGCCCGGUGCAAAACACGAUAUCGCUCAGGGGAAUGCAUGAAAGCUGAUUGGCAUAGUAGGCACCUGCAGAUAUGCAAAGUAUUAAGGACGCUGCAUGAAUGGAACCGUACGCCCUGGGGUUGA